AUGGGUAAUGAUGGAGGAAGUAUUGCUGGAAGAGCAGAAUUAGUUAAAUUAAAGAAGCCAGAGAAAAGAGUAGAGAGCCUUUUAGUUGCAAAAGUAUGAUAUCAUAGUGAUGAUAGUAAAGAGCUUAAUUUUGUUCAAUAACCAAAGAAAGAUUAAGAAAACCAAUUGCUUGUUGUAGAGUUGGAUACCUAUACAAUUACGAUUCCUUAUUAAAGGCAUUCAUGGAAAAGAAAAUUCCUCAAGAAUUAAAGCAUUUAUAAAAUGUAUAUUUUCAAAUCUAUAUUAGAUUAAAAAAAUAAAAAAAUUGAAUAUUACAGAAAAUCCAGAUUAAAAUAAUGAGUUUCCUUUUGUUUGUCCAAUUAGUUAAAAAGCAUUAAAUGGAAAAGAAAAGUAUUUAAUAAUUUUUAAAUAGAUUCUAAGCAUUAUGGACAUGUGGUUGUGUUUUUAAUGAGAAAUUAAUUAAGGAUUUAAAAAUAAAAGAGUUAAAAUGUCCUAUUUGUAAUAAGCCAUACACAGAGAAAGAUAUAGUUUAGUAAUUUAAUAAUAAUUAUUUUAGAUUAUGCCCAACUAAUGAAGAAGCAGAAAUAAAAAAAGCAUAAUUGUAUUAAGAAAUUGAAUAAAAAGAAAAAUCAAAAGUAGAACAAAAAUAAUAAUGUAAAGUUUCUCAAACUGUUGAGGUUCUAGAAUCACAAUAAAAAAAAAAAGUAUGUACAGAAGAGCGCAAAUAAAUGAAACAAGCAAUAGAGAACAAUAAACUAUAGAUUCUCCAAAAUUAAAGUUAAGAUCUAAAUAAAAAUGAGAGUAAAAUUUAUUAAUUAAUUUAGUUUAUUAAUCCUUAUUUCAUCAAUAACAUAAACUUGAAGAUAAUCUCUUUACUAGAAAUGUGAGAUUUGGUAAUAGAUGA